AUGGGUAUUAAACGGCUUGCCCAGAUCAUACAUGAGCAUGCCCCUGAUGCAAUCAAGACGGGCGAGAUCAAAAAUCACUUUGGUAGAAAAGUCGCAAUAGAUGCGUACGCAAGAAUGCUCCCGCGAGUGGGCUUCGAUGCUGACGUACACACUAGAUCUAUGAGCAUAUACAGUUUCUUAAUUGCAGUCCGCUCGGAGGGUCAGCAGCUAAUGAAUGAGAGCGGCGAGACCACCUCGCAUUUAAUGGGCAUGUUCUACCGGACUUUGCGCAUCGUUGAUAACGGCAUUAAACCACUCUAUGUCUUUGACGGAGCUCCUCCAAAACUCAAGUCGGGCGAACUAGCAAAGCGCUUUCAGCGUAAAUCUGAAGCAACAGAGGCACAUGAAGAAGCGAAGGAGACCGGAACAGCCGAGGAGGUCGAAAAGUUCUCUAGACGAACGGUUCGAGUAACACGAGAACACAAUGACGAUUGCAAACGACUGUUGUCUCUGAUGGGCGUCCCAUACAUCGUUGCCCCAACGGAAGCAGAAGCUCAAUGCGCUGUAUUGGCGAAAGCUGGCAAAGUCUAUGCUGCGGCGUCAGAGGAUAUGGAUACCCUUUGCUUCGAUUCACCGAUACUCCUUAGACACCUCACCUUCAGCGAGCAGAGGAAAGAGCCAAUUCAAGAAUUUCACCUCGAUCGUGUUCUAGCUGGGUUAGAUAUGGAUCAAAAACAGUUUAUCGAUCUUUGCAUACUUCUCGGCUGCGACUACGUUGAUCCGAUACCAAAGGUUGGUCCUUCUACUGCAUACAACCUCGUCAAGGAAUAUGGAACGCUUGAAAAUGUUGUCAACUUCAUCAAGAAUGACCCAAAGAAAAAAUACACGCUUCCCACCGACUGGCCGUACCAAGACGCACGCUUGCUGUUUCUAGAACCUGACGUUCGAGCCCCAGAACAUCCCGAAUGUGACUUCAAAUGGGACGCACCAGACGUCGAGGGUCUGGUUAAAUUCUUAGUCACAGAGAAGGGUUUCUCCGAAGACAGAGUCCGAAGCGCUGCCCAGCGACUCCAAAAAAAUCUGAAGACUGCACAGCAGGCCCGACUUGAAGGAUUCUUCAAACCAGUUCAAAAGUCUGAGGAGGAGGUUGCUAGUUUGAAGAGAAAAAACGAGGAGAAGGUAGUUGAAAAGAAAAAGAAGGCCAAGGUCGAAGCAAAGGAGAAGAAAGCAGCCAAAGCAAAGCCGAAGAUAAAUGCUUGA